AUGUCGACGGUGGCGGCCACGUCCUCGAACAAGUGCAGUGCGGACGGCAACGCGGUGAACAGUGACGGCAGCGCGCUGGCCAGGACGAGCGGCUUCUCCGGUGUGAGCGGGAGCGAGGCACCCGGAUCCAGCUCUGGACGUAGUGAUCCGCAGGAGAGCUGCAUGACGGUCCAAGACGGAGGAGACCGUCACGGAAAGCUCGACGGACGCUUCUGGUCGCCGCAAGGUCACGCGCUCGGGAGGACGGUACCAAGAGUUCCAGUGGAUCAGUACGUGGACGCGGACGGCCAGAUCAUUGAGGGCGAAGGCGGCUCUCUUGUCAGUGUCGGAAGCUUCACGGGCAGCAUCAGCAGCGUCACGAGCGAGGGGUCUACACCAAGCCGACGCACGGUCACACGGCGCGUUGUGGCGUCUCCGGCUCGCCGCACUGUUGUCCACAAGGCCGGUUCGAGCUCCGGCUGGAAGCUUUACGAGAACGGUGAGACGACGCAGAGCACCCCUGGAUGUCGGAUAAUCACGCGUCGUGUGGUGACCCCGCAGCAGCCGAGGGGGUUCGAGCCGUGGACGGUUGUGUCGUCCAGCCAGUCGCCAGAGAAAAUUGAGGGCGAGACGAACGUUGCUCCCACUGAGAACCACCUGGAGCACCCUGCCCGCGACGUGGCUGGAAGUCGAUGGACGACGCCUCCCGGGCGACGGCUAGUUCAACGCGAGCGGCGCUUUUGGGAUCAUGUUCUCUACGACGACCUGUCCGCGGCCAGUGUUGCCGUAUCGGCCACUACGACUGCCACGGCGUCGCCUACUGUGACGACAGAGAUGAGCAAGAAGGAUGACAAGCACAAAAAGGAGGCGAGGCACGCGUUACCACGUCAGCCCCGACCUCCAACUCGACGGGGGCUCACGUUACGAGUUCUGCCUCGUAGUGGAAGUGCACGCAGGGACAGCGGCAUGGCGGCGACGGAGCACGAAGUGGGCAAGCCCGGCGAAGCACAGUAG